UGUACGACUAAAUACCUAAUCACUGUGGAAACAGUACUGAAGAGCGUGUAGCAUCAGAUUGUUGGAGGCAGGGUCCACCAUGCUGUACUUCCAGGUGGUGAUUUUGGCAGCUACAGUGAUGCUAGUUUACUACUGUGAGUUUACUGACACCUUCAGUCCAGCCGAACAGGGCUUUAUCUGCAGAGACCCUGCUUUAACUAAACCAGACCCUGGACCUGAACAGGACAGUCGUGUACAGCCAGUGAUACUGUACUCUGUGGUGGGUGGACUGCCUGUUGUACUGAUUUCAGGCCUAGAGCUCGUUAUCUUCCUCCUUCACUACAACUCAAACAACCUAUACGACCAGGAGAAGGUUGUUGUCAUGGGUGACUGUUGCUACGUGAACCCCAUGGUGCGCAGGACCUUCCGUUUCCUUGGUGUGUAUGUCUUUGGUCUGUUUACAACAGACAUAUUUGUCAACGCAGGUCAGCUGGUCACAGGAUGUCUGGCUCCUCACUUCCUGUCUGUUUGCCAGCCCAAUUACACAGCCCUCGGCUGUCUGGACACAGCACUUUUUGUCAGCCAAUCAGAUGCUUGCACUGGUGACCCUGAUGACAUCAUGAGAGCCAGAAAGACUUUCCCCUCCAAAGAGGCUGCGCUGAGUCUGUAUACGGCUGUUUACCUGGCAAUGUACAUCAUGUCCUGUGUCGGUUCCAGAGGAGGCCGUCUGACUGGACCCCUCGUCAGCCUCUCAUUGGUCAGUCUGGCUGCGCUAACAGGCAUCAACAGAGUGGCUGAGUACCGAAACCACUGGAGUGAUGUCAUUGCAGGACAAGCCAUUGGGGGAGCUAUUGCUGUAUUUCUGGUGAUGUUUGUGGUUCAGUAUUUUAAAAAGAGACCUGUGAUUUCUCAGAGUCCCUCAGACGCAGGCACAGCAGACACUGAUGAGGCUUCUCCCCAAAGAAAUCACAGCAUGGAAGCCAGUGACAAAUACAUUGUUACAAAGAGUCCAGGAUCCUUCACAGAAGUCACAUGACUGUGAACCCCCCCACUGCAUGACCAGGGGGAAAUGGAAGUCACCUGUUCUACGUCACAUUAGGACCUCCAUAUUCAAAGACGUUAUUCUCUUUAAGAUCCUUUUUGCAGCAUUUGGAAAUAAUGAGUUAUUACCACCUUAAUCUUGACUAAUGAGUGUAAAUGUGGCAAACAAAUGGUCACUACAUGCAUCUGCUUUUGUCUUGCAUGAUGCCAAAUCAGUUUUGCUGGAUAUCUGCUUUAUCCUCAGCUUCUUGUGCGCAGCAGGAAGUGGGUGCUUUUCUUCCACAAUGAA